AUGAAUUUCUAAUUUGACAUAACUAUUCUUAAUCAACAUUCAAACCAAUAGAAAUCUAAACUUAAUAAAUUAUUCAUUGAAAUGCAAGAAAUUUCCCUUAAACUUGCGUUAAUCUCUAAAGAUCAUACAUAAAGCAGAAAUUUAGAAUUUCUCUAAAAAUAAAAAAUUUUACUCCAGAAAAAAAAAUCUUGCUCUUUGUUUUCAAAAUUUAGAACAGAAAUUAUUAUAAACUUCACAAUGUUUCUAAAUGUAAAAUAAAUUUUACUAUUACGUCAAGUAAAUAAAUUGUUUAAUCAAAUAAUUUGUUAAUCUCUGCCAGCAAGAAUAAACCAAUAUAAAAACAUCUUAGAAAAUAUUUAAAAUAGUUUAAAUUAAAUUCCAACAAUAAUAAAUAUAAUACCAGAACAAACGUUUAUUGAUGAAGAUCUUUUCAUUGAUUGGGAUCUUGUUUGGAAUUAUAGAGAAAUUGCUAAAAUUUAUUCUGCUAAAGAACUAGAGUCAAAUGUCUAUUAAAUUUUAAGAUUUAUGUAUAUUUCAAUUUACCCUGAUUUUCCUGAAACAAUAACACUAGAACAAUUUAAAAAAAUGUUAUCUCGGCCAUAUCUUAGAUAUGAUGUGCCAUAAAGUAAUUAAAUACUAACUGAAAAAUAAAUAAAUGCUUUAUAAGAUGUAAUGUUGUUAGAUGUACAAUAAAUUAAGGUCUAAUAUAAAUUUUUAGCAUAUAUUUGUUAAUUAUUACAAAAUUAUAUUCGGAUGACAAAAAGCGAUGCUUUUAAAAUUAUGGUUUAGAAAUUAUAAUUACAAUAAAAAGAAAAUCAAAUAUCUUAACGAUUAUCAAUUCUUAAUAAGCUAAAUCAUAAACUUAAUAAUUGA